AUCGACUCGCGACUGAAACGGUUAGCUGGCCAUUUACCAAUCAUUUAAAUCGUAAUCGACGACCAGCAACAUUGACCGCCGAUGUGUAUCUUGUAGCUGCGCAAAGGUUGCUAUGGCUAACUGGUUUUUGGCUUCGUGUCUUCUAGUGACGUUUGUAAUUGCUCACGGUUCGAUAGUCCCUCGAGGUUACCGACUGGACCUGCAUCCAUAUCCCGGCGACGGAGUGUUCAAAGGCAAGGUCCGCAUUGAUAUCAUUAACACCGGCAAUAAGUCGGUCGACUCCAUCACACUAGACGUUCACUCCACUCUUAAUGUUGUCGAUCGCGAGGUUAAAGUCACUCGUGUUGCGAAUUUGGACUCGUCAGAAGAAGAUGACGUUUCGAUGGAAGAAACUUCAUUGACCGUUACGAAAUUGGAAAAACGAAAAGACACACAUAAGUUCCAGAUUACGACUAAACAGAGUUUGAAAAAAGACAUUACGUAUCAAGUAGAAAUUUUAUUCGAUGGAACUCUGGGAAGUGAUACGUCCAGUCCGUUCUAUCAGUCAACGUAUUCUAACUCGAAACACUCGCAACAAAAAAAAUGGUACGUGGCAAUGAAUUUAAUGAAAGGAGGAGGAGCGCAUUUCGUGUUUCCUUGUUUCGAAAAACCCAAUCUAAAAACUUGGAUCGAGUUAUCAGUGGCACAUAAGGGUGACUUCCAUGUUCUGACAACUAUGCCGUUAAUCGACACGACAAAUGUGACUUCGGAAGGUGUUUGGGUGCGGGAUCAUUUUUCUAGAUCACCACCGAUGUCUGUCAAUUCUUUGGCGAUGUUCCAGUCCGACUUCAAGCAUCCUCCCAUGAACGAUAACAACGGAGCUAAGGUUGGCGUAUGGGGCAAAGAAGACAUUCUAAGAUCGUUGAACACAGCACAAAAAAUGCUCCCGGCCGUUUUAGUGAACCUAGAACUGUACUUGUCUAGACCGUACCCACUACCCGAGUUGAACUUGGUUGCGCUUCCUGGUUAUACCGACGAUAAACCUAUUGACGCCUGGGGACUGCAAAUGUUUCGAGAAGUAGAUCUUUCCAAGAAACGCGACGACUUCUGGGUAGCUCAUCUCCUUGCCAAGUAUACAUCUUUGCAAUGGACCGAUCAUCUUACAACGCCGCUGUUCCCGACAUCUUUAACACUGGCUCUUUCGAAGUUCUUGGCCGACAAGGUGGCGUGGCAGUUGGAAAAACCCGUGUUUAAUUCGUAUGUAAGUGACAUGUAUGGAAUGUAUUUGGAAUACGAUAAACCUGGUUUCAGAGAAAUUAAAUCACAAAUGGAAGCUUUAAACGCGACGAAAAUUCAAUUUGUACUGGAAAUGCUUGAACACAUAUUUGGACCUUACUCAUUUCGACAAACAAUCCAAUACUUUAUGUCCAGCAAGGAAUACCACGCUUACUCCGAAACAGAUUUCUGGAACAAAUUAUCAGACGGUGCAUAUCACGCAGGCGUAUUAAAAAGAAACGAAACUCCCGUUUCGAUCGAACAGAUCGUCAGACCGUGGUUGCAAGCUGAUAGACUGCCGGUGGUCACGUUCCGGAGGAACUACGUUAACACUACCGUUCAAGUUAUGCAGGAACCGUUCGUGCUGAACGACGACGAGGAUGACGUGUCGUUGCCCGCGAAGAAUACCGCUAACUAUUUGUGGUGGAUCCCGAACAUCGUGGUGUCCCAGAGCAAUUUGACCGUGCAAGUGAAGAACAUAACCUGGUUGAAACCGAUAGCAAGCCAAGAGGUGGAAAUGAAGCAAUACAACUUCUCGAACAGUGAGUUCGUGCUGUUCAAUCCGGGCAGUUUGGGACCGUUCAUAGUUAACUACGACCUAAAGAAUUGGGAAUUGAUAGCGCAGUAUCCAAAGCGGUUUCCGGUGAAAAUCCGCCAACAACUUUUGCACGACUCGCUGACGUUGGCUCUGUCUGGUCGGUUGUGUUAUGUGUACGCGUUCAACGUGAGCAAGCUUAUCGAACAAGAACCGGAACCGGCCGUGUGGAAAACGUAUUUCGGGCUGGCCACGAGGUUGCGUGCCAAGUUCCAAGGGACGCCGGUGGCGCCCAAGUACGAUUUGUACUUGAAGAAAAUGUUAAAGUCGGUGAACGCGGCGUUGGAGCAACCGGAACGCACCGAGUCCAGUUGGAAGUCGAACUUCCGCGCGGAGAACAAACGUCUGCUGUGCGAAACGGGACACGCGACCUGUCUGACCGAGGCCCGGGAGGUGCAGUCCAGGACGAACACGUCGAACCCCGACGAGGAUAAACUGUUUUUAGAAAACUACCUGUGCAUACUGCUUGGCUACGGGACGCUGGACGAGUGGGAGUUCGGGUUGCACAGGAUCAUGUACUACCCGAAGAACAAGUCUCAGACCGAAAGGUUGUUCAUAUUCAGAUCGCUAGCGAGCUGUCCGAAAAACGAAACGAAAUUCGUCAGAAUGUUGAACUUGACGUUGAUGAGCGGAGAUCAUAAAUUUAGCGAAGAAGACAUGUUGACAAUGUUGACCGUCAUGAGCACAGUAUCUUUGGGACACGAGACGAUGUUCAAAUUCAUGAUGAAGAACUUUGAAUAUCUAAGCACCAAAUUAGAGAAAACCGUGUGGGAAUAUUUUAUUAAGACUUCGUUCAGCAAUUUCAGAACAGAAGAAGGGCUUAAUAGGGCCAUCGAGUUUUAUCAAAAGAAUAAACGACAUUUCAUUUCUGUGGACGAUAUUAUAAAAACGGCGUUGGAAAAGGUUAAGAUUCAGGUGGACUGGGUAAAAAAACACCUUACUCCGUUAGAUGGUUGGCUCACGAAUGCAUUACAAGAACCGUGGAGACCUCAUGAGUUCCAAUUCAGAGAUGUGCCUUCAUUUGUUAUUGGAUAA